CCAAAUCCCUGCUUUAAAGCCCAGCUCCUCCACGCGAGAGAGCAGCAAGGCAUCGUUUCGAACACCUUUGGGACCCAUUACAUUGCGUUGGCUCGCGGGGUCCCACCUAUCACGCUGCGCAACGCCAGGGGCUGCCCCAUCUAUCGAGGCGCUGCAGCAGCCAGUCGGCAGAGCAAUUCAAACUGGAGGCAUGGGCAUCCCGGCCCUCAUCAAGUGCUUCUUCGUCGUCGAAUGCGUGAUUUUUGGACCGUUUGCAUUACAUCAUUACCUGGCGUGCGCGAACACGAAGCAGCUCGAGCACCUCUCGAGCAACCGCGUCGCCUGGCUCGUCCUGCACAGCGGCGAGAUGCUGCAUGGCGUCGGUGCAUUGCUGGUCCUCUUCGUCGUGCUGAACGCGCUGAUUAUCAAUGAGGUGUCGACGAUCGAGCUCGAGAUUAUACUAUUAGCGCACUCGCUGUGGCUGGGCACGAUCAUCGCGUUCUGGCCGCUGGCGAAGGACGCCGCGAUUCUCCACAUUCCGCUCUGGUGCGGCGCCGCUGCCGUUUGUUUCAGCUACGUCGAGAGCUGGAGCCUGGUCCUGGACGCGUUUGUCAUUGUCUACGGCCGCGUGAAAUACAAAAGCGACGUCUACCCGAACAUCAUUAGCGGAGGCGACUACGCCGCGGACAUGGCUCGCUUCCGCGAGUUUUGCCUAGGCCACGACCGAGAGGACCCGAAGUAUACAGCUGUGUAAUGAAUUAACCUAU